GGUAAAAAACUUCAGUGCUAUCGCGGAGUGUUGUGUGUGUCUGUGUUGUGAAACGGCCUUCGGUGCGAUAGAACGCUCAUUUUCCAGUUUGUAGUUUUGUUUUUUUGUACGAAAAUGCACGAAUUUCUUUCCAUGCGGUGAUAUACGUGGUUCCUAUCUAAGAAAAUGGUUAUUUAAGAACUGUUUCAUGUUGCACCAAUGAUCAUAACCUUGUUCGGUUUUGCUGUGUUUUUUAUAAUAUUUUGGUGUGGUCAAUGGAUACUUCACUUGACUGCCAUCAUUUACGGAAAAUGCAAGUUUCACAAAAAAGUCAACGUUUUGGCCAGCGACGUUCCAUAUCCAGGAGUGACUAUUUUAAAACCGCUCACGGGGGUUGAUCCAAACCUAUUCAGCAACCUAGAAUCCUUUUUCACCAUGGAAUAUCCAACAUAUGAAUUAAUGUUUUGUAUAGAAGAAGAAAGUGAUCCUGCCAUUAUGAUUGUUAAAAAACUAAUUGAAAAAUAUCCAAAUGUAGAUUCUAAAAUAUUUAUAGGUGGAGCCAAUGUUGGUGUUAAUCCAAAAAUUAAUAAUAUAAUCACAGGUUACCAAGCUGCCAAACAUGAGCUUUUUCUCAUCUCUGAUAGCAGCAUACGAAUGAAAGAAGAUACUCUGAUGGAUAUGGUUCAUCAUAUGACCGAAGGUGUAGCUUUGGUCCAUCAAAUGCCUUUUACCUGUGAUAGAGAGGGUCUAGCAGCGACUGUAGAAAAGAUUUUUUUUGGGACGUUUCAAGCAAGGAUAUACUUAAUUGCUGACCUGCUGCAAAUUAAUUGUCAUACGGGUAUGUCAGCUUUAAUUCGAAAGAGCGCAAUGGAAGAGGUUGGUGGGCUGCAAGCGUUCGGAUGCUACCUGGCUGAGGACUUUUUCUACGCCAAAUCUUUGACUGAUCGAGGGUACAAAACCUGUGUUAGUAGUCAGCCUGCAUGGCAAAAUUCUGGUUUCUGUGAAAUCACUAGUUUUCAAAAUAGGUUAAUGAGAUGGACCAAAUUGCGCAUCGCAAUGGUACCUCACACAAUAAUUUUGGAGCCUUUAUCAGAGUGCUUUAUAAUCGGAGCUUUCACAGCGUGGGCUGUUUCCUAUCUCUUGUACUGGGACCCUCUUGUAUUUUAUCUAGUUCAUAUAUUAGUCUGGUUUCUCUGUGACUGGGUACUUCUAUCAGUAGUUCAGAACGGUUCGUUGCCUUUCAAGAAAUUCGAUUUUGUCAUCGGCUGGCUUUACAGAGAGAUCGGUGGACCAUACUUAUUCCUGCAUGCCUUAUGGGAUGACCCAGCCAUCAAAUGGCGAUCGAGAACUUACAAACUCAAGUGGGGAGGAGUCGCAGAAGAGUAUCGUCCCAAAAUCAAAAUCUAAAUGUGUGCACUCACUUUGUUGUUUUUUCAGUAUUUUUUUCUGGUUGUUUACCUCAUCCAAAAGUUCUGAUGCAGGUAGCUAGCUAAUCAUCUGCUGUCUUAUCAUCAAAUUUCACACCAAAUCCUUCAUGAACGAGAUAAUUUUUAAUGAUGAAUGAAAAAUACUCACUUAAAGGGCAGGAUGUCACUAUUGAUUCAGAGUUCAACUAUCUCUCGAAAGACCAAGAAAAAAAGAAACCGGUGAAGCUGAUUCAAUCACUACAAGUAAAAUUGUAAGGAAUGGUUUCAGACCGAAAUUUUACCAAAGAAACUACUGUUGCGGUCUUUUGACAAGUAAAAAAAAUAUCAAAUUACUGACACCUUUGAAGUACAUCCUUUAUUUUUUCUGUUUCUAAAAAAUAAAUUUUGUCAGUGGUGGUACAUAAUCGAAUACUUGGCUGUUGAAAGAUCAGAACUCGAUUGGUUUGUUUAAUAUUCCAUCACUUCUUUUAAGUUUGGUGAAUUAAAUCAAAGCCAAUAAAACUCGUUCCAUGAUAGGCAAUGGGACUGUUGCAAGACUAUGAAUUGCAUCUCAAGUGCUGUCUCCGUGGGAAAUUUGACUAAGAAUCGUGUUUCUGAGCUUCUAAAAGAUCAAAACAGUUUUUUUUUUUACAGGAAAAAUACGGGCCUUGAGUCAGAAUAGUAAACUUUUUCUUUUUUAAAGGAACUUUUCUGAUUUUAAACAUAUGAGUUGUUUUUAUGGUUUAAACAGGUGUGUUCACAAUCUUCGGUGGUAUUAAAAGCAAGAUUACAAUAUAAAACCUUUCAUGAUUUUUACUAGAAGGUCAGUAAACACCGUGAGUUUGGAGGCACACAGCUGUUAAUUCUUCAUGUGACAUCCUGAAAUAUGUUGGCACUCUAUUUUUCUGUUUGAAAUAAGACUGGAAUUUUGGAGUCUCUGAAAGUCGUUUUCUCAGCUAACAUUUGAUAACCUAAAAGAUGGGAAAUUAUGAGUAUUCUCAUUUUCUUCGUACUUUCCUGAAAUUAAUUGAAAUCAAAUUGUGCAGCAGCCUCAUUGACUUAUUUUAAAAGAUUGUGGCAUGACAAAACGACGGUGAAACUACAUACACACGUCUCCGGUUUGGGACGCUGGAGAUCUCCUGUCAUACUUUAUUUUAUGAAUGGGAAAAUACUCAACUUCAUCUCUUGAAAAUUUCUCCGAUUUUUCUUUCUUUGUGGGGAAAACGGACCACGUUUUGCAACUAGAUCCUACAAUCUCUGACUCAUGUUCGAAACAAGAUAUGUGCCAUUAAUUUCCGUAUGCUGAUAAGUAUUUUUAUGUAUGAGCCAGAAAUUGCAGUUCCUUUUUGCAAAAUAAAGUCCAAUUAUUCUGUGAAAUUGUUAAGAAAUUGUGUUGGUUUGUUCACCUUUGAUAAAAUAAAUCGGAGACUGGAACACAGUAAAUGAAGUAGGCCUUUUUUGAAGUUUCACUGUCGGUGAGAGUUUUAAACAUUUCCUCUAUUGGCAAAUCCUCCUGGUUGAAAUUUUGAUGAUGAGAAGGCGGUAAGUGGUGGUCCAUUUUUAACCACAGUUGCCUUCUCAUUUUGAAUAAGUCUUUCAUUGUAAUGAUCAAUGUUUAUCUUUUGUAACCGCAUGUUUCUUUUAUUGUACUUUUUGUAAAUAUCCUAUGAUAGCUGCACCAAAAAAACAGCAUAUGACCCAAAAAAUACAAUGGGGCAUCCAUUAUAUUGAAGAAGUUUUUGCGUUGAAACAACCAUGAAGCUGCUCUCAGGGAUAAGUAAGCAGUAACCCAAUGCUAGUUAUCAAACCUCUCGUAGAAACCAAGGCUAUCUUUUUGAUUAAUGUUUUUAUCAAUUUUAUUUGUGAAUAGCACCGAAUGUUACAGAGACGGCUUAAGAUAGCAUUCGUAAAAAAUUACCAUUUUCAUUGGUUUUUUAAAAAAGACUUCUCAAUGUAAGGAUACAAUAACGAAAAAGUCCUUUAGGAACUUACUAAUAUAUACUUAGCAGUGAUUCUCAAAAUGUAUGGAUGUAGGAAAAUUUUUCCUUUAAAUCAAGGGCUUGCCGAUCCUUUUUGCAAUACACUGAAAUUUGACCCUUUAAAAUGUGAAAGACACCAACAUUUUUAACUGCAAUCCUCAGUAAAAGUUAAAAAUUACUUCUAAAAGAAGAAAAAUUCUCCCUUUUCGUAACAAACAUGAUAAUUUUGUAUUUAUUUUGUUUCCAAUCAUGAACUUAUCAUGGCUCAUGAAUUACUUUGCCAUUAUGGGGAAACGCGGUAUGAAUAUUCUAACAUUCUCAAAUUUUCUCUGAUAAAAUAUUUAUUUCUAAAAACAGUUAUGAAUUUUUUUCUUCAAAAUUUUUCAAUCAAUCAGAUCACAUUAUAUUUAAAAUUCUAUGAUAGUUUUGAAGGAAAAUAAAUCUAAUUUAUCAAGAAAAUUCGGUUUCAUGAGCGGAAAUUUGGAAUGCCUGUAUUUUUAUUCCGUAUCUUCCUUAACACAACAGAAUUGAAAAUUAAGGUCUUAAAGAUUAAAUAUUGAGAUUGGAAAGUUGUUUAAAGAGCAAUGCUCACUUCAUUUCUCUCUGCUUUAAUCAUUCCUGUUUCAUGGAUGUGUAUUUUUUGUUUAACCGAUUUGAUGGGUCAAGUUAACAAGGCUAACUUUCUAUGAGCCAAACCUCCCUUAUUUAACUUUAAAUCAUCAAUAAUUGAAUCUACUCUUGCAAAAAUGUUCAAUAUCCAUGACAUUUUUUCAGAUUUGCAGUAGUUUGUUUUGCCUUAUGACACAAAUUAAGGUCUGUGUUUAUCGUAAAUUUUUUAUUUUACAAGUGGGACUGAAAAUAAAAUUACUCUACAUUUCCAAGGUCUCAGGCCAGUUUUAUACUUUAACUUAAAAUGAAGUCGCCUGACUUGAAUUUUGAAACACAGUUAGACUCUGGGCGUUUUACAUGAGCAGAUGCAAUUCUUGAUAAGUUGAUAAUUUUCUAUUCUUUUGUCUUUGUUAAUCAUUCAUCCAAGAAAUUUUCUUUGAUCCUGCUGGCGUGGCUACUGAGUUACUAAAAAUAAUAAGUUUGCCCCCUCACAUCCGAUGUGUACAAUUUUUGUAAAUAUUUAUUGAGCCUUAAAUCGCAGCUGUGUAUUUUACUCGAAUAUACUUAUUUUGGAUCAGUUACCUUUUUGCUCCUGUGAAUGUCAAUCUAUUGUUGUGUAAAUGCUUUUUUAGAUUUUCAUUUUAUGUCUGCACCAACUGUGAGCGCCUCACUUAUUUUAUUUACUGCAAGGUUGCCAGAUUGUUCAAUAAAAUUUCCGUACUUUUCAUUGAGUUUAACUGGGAAAAAACAGAUUUUUAGUGCAAUCUGGUAACCAUGAUUUGCUGGCUUCUUUUUUUUGUCUUUAAGUGUAAGGAUUCAAUUGUUCCUCUCAACUUUUUGCGAGUCUGUAUUGCUGGUUCUCAUGCCUUCCAUUUUUUCUGUGCUGAGUUACAAAAGGAUCAAAAUCAACCCUACACUGUGGCUGAAAUGUGUUGCACUGUACAAUUUCACAACCUCAUUGAGUUUUUUUCAACUGUAAAAAUGCAAAAAAAAUGUAUUGUGGUACUUAAUUGCCAACCCUGUUUAGCAAUCCAUUGGAAAAUACAUAGAUUGCACAAGUGUUAUUUAUUGACUCCUUGCUCUCAAAAGAAUUUGCAAAGCAGUAAUCCAGACUGGCGUAGCUGUAGGGCUUGUCAUAAAAUUUUUUCAAUGUUUUUGUAGAGUGACAGUUCAGAGAAACACUGUAGGCUAAAUCAUUCUGCCGGUAUAUUUUAAGAUUUGUCAUUUUCUACUCUACCAGUCAUGGAAAGCCCUUAUUUUAAGCAAAAACAAGGAUUUUACAGAAUUAUGUUCAUAGAGUCUAUGUCAAAUAAGUUUAUGCACUUUCAGACUGACAGAAGAUCUUGAUUUUUGCAUUUACUUUCAAUGCAAAACUGAAAUUAGGCAAUGUUCUGUCGCAGUCUAAAAGUGCGUACACCUAUUUGACUUGGACUUGACCGUGAAAUUUCUUGCAAGGAAGUCCGCUAGACAAAAAUGUUUUGUAAUGAGCCCCUUUAACGGGUAAGUUGUGGGAUACAUCCGGUCUUUGGAAGUCAGCGACUAAAAAUAUUGGAAGUAACAUGAUUGAGGUUUAACUGUAAUUUUAUCAAGGCGAACGAUUCGAAUGGCCACUUUCAAUUUUUACAUCAUAUCUUGAAAAUGACAUACCUGGUUAAAUUUACCGUGUCCCAACCAGAAAAUACCUUUUAAAGGUCUGAAUUAACUUCAGUUGCGAUUACUGCCAGUAGCUGCUCUCUUCGGAUGACCGGAUGACUUACACAACGCACCUGUAUCUCUAUGUUGAUAAUUUCUCAAACAUUGUAGUGUGCCAAAAAAGCAUGUUGUACUUUCAAUGGCUCGCUUUUUGCAUUGUAUUUCAAAUUGUUGGUACUUUGAUGUGUAACGUACGUAUGUUGAUAUCCACAUGAGCUUCUCAUUUCAAAAACUAGUUUUCCUUUGUGCAGAUCUUAAUUUUAUAACCUCACAUUGUGCACUGAAGAGGCUUUUGAACUUGCCCUCUCCUUCCUCUUCCCCUGAAAAAAACUUCUUUUUUAGAGAGAGAAAGAAAACAAUUGUGCUGUUAGACUGAUUCUGUUAAGCCAGUAAUGUUUAAAUUUUUUACUCCAUGAAAAAAAAAAAUAAAAGAAAAUAUUUUUGAAUCCCAAAAAAAUUCAAAAAAUUGUGAAACUGUGGCACAGAAGCAAUGUGCCAUGGAAAUGAGAAGUCUUUGUGGUUUUUUUGUGUCAAAACUCACUAAUGUACAGCCAAAUUUUUUCAGAUUUGUUUAUUUUCUCUGUUAAAGAAGUAGGUACUGGCAUAUGGUAAAUACUUUGUCUAAAGAAAAUAAUUUUUCAUCGUGGGAAUGGUAUUCAAUGAUAUCAUGAAGCAUUGUUUUUUCUUCUUUUUUUAUCAUUUGGUCUUUGAUAAUCCUUAUUAUUCCUUUAAGUUCUCUGAUUUUAAUUGAAAGUCAUCACUCAUGAAGGUCACUAUGUGCUACAUCUUAUCAUUGAAACAGAUAUUAGCAUCAACUUUUUUUUGGACCGGUUUCUUCGGCUAUUUAUACAGAUUUAUUUUAAGCUCAAAUCAGUUUCUUAAUAAUGAAUUCUGACAUAGUUAAUUGUUUAAUUGAUUGAUUAAUCAAUAAUUAAUUAUUAUUUUUUUAAAGUUGUAACUGUGAUGUACGAUCAGAGGUUCCAAUUUUUCCAGUUUUUUUCCUGGCGUUAGUUGUCUAAGAGAAAUUGUCAGGAUAUACCCUUUGAUCAUGCGAAAAAUCACUGCGGUUGCUUUAAAUUUGUUUACCAUAUUCUUAUUCAAGCUAUUAAAACCCUGGAUAAGUUAGCUUUAAAUUAUAUGAUUAGUUUCAAGUAUUCUGCCACCCUUAUAAUUUUUGUGGGGAAAGCUCAUGGAGCACUUGGUAACUUUAUUUUCAUCUCUUUUUUCAUAAACCAUCUUUUUUUUUGAAAAAUCAGCAUGAGCUGACUUCACCUAGGCCUUUUCGUAAUGUUGUAGUUUGUCUUUUGGAUCAUAAUGAGACUUGAAGCUUCUAAAAGCAGUUGCUAAAAUCUCUCACAUUUUCAAUCAAUGUAUGUUUUUAUUAGUGGCAUGAGAUAAUAUAUGUCAUAAAAAUUCAGAAGAAAACAAAAAUUCAUAUGUCUUUUAUCUUAAAAAAUUUACAGUCUAAGAACAUAGCAGAUGCUUUUUUUUCUUCUGUAGAUCUGAGACAGAAAUGAACAGGCAGAAAUAUUUUCACAGGUGAAGUGUUUAGUGGUUCACCAGAUGAAAAAUAGUUCUAAGACUAGGAACUCAGCUUCCAUGGUUACGGCUCUAGUUACUGCAAAUAUGUUUAACGUGUCAGUUGUAAACACCACCAAUUCUUCUCUGAGCCGUACUUUACUAUUUGAAAGUGCCAGGUUUCUGUAGCAAGUGUCUCCAAGAUGUCAAAGAAGCUCAUCGUAGAAAAAUGUUUGUCCUCUCUCCCUCAACAUUUCAGUGUUUUCCAAUUUUUUCCUCCUAUAUUUUUUCAAAGAACCCUGCAUCCAUUGAAGUGUUGUCAAUCAAAAUGUUGCAUGCUUUAUCACAAAUUUUUAAUCUGAGCACUUGUAUGUUUUAAUUUUUUGAAAACCUGCGAGGAAACUUAUGGCAUACCAUGUCUUAUAUUGUAAGUAGGCUUGAUGUAAAGGAGCCAGACAAACGCAUAGGUUGUAAAUAGAAUAAUGAUUUGUAUUUUUUUAAUGAAAAACAAUAUGAAAAAAUUGAAAAUGGAAAAAAAAAACUUUUUUAACAAGAUAUGUAAAACGGUAAUAAUAAAGUGAUUUUUUUCUUUAAUA